UCCUUUCACUCGAGUUAUAUUGUUCCCUUUGUAGUGUAAUGUUUGCACAUGCUUUACCUUCUGCUGCCUUUUUAGUUAAAAUAACAUUAAGUUUGAGUGCCAUUGUUUAGUCUUCUAUUAAAGUAUGUACAUGUAAGCUAGGCUAUGGUUGAUUAAAAUUUAUUUAUUUAUUGAUGACUUGCAUAGGACCAACCAGACAAAAGUGCUGCAUUGAGUAGAUAUUUCCUUUUUGCUACCAUUAAUUUUUUAAUUAUUGGAGAACCAUUUAGAUCUAUUAUUAAUAAUUAUUAUUGUUGGGGUAAUUUAAUAACUAAUGAGCCACGCCCUGUCGUGCUACAAGCCUACAAUGGCAAGUGAAGUUGUUCUCGAGCUAAAAGUUGAGAGAGAAAGGAGCAGACUUGACUUGGAGGAGCUAACAAACCUAUUGGAUGGAGGAGCAGUGUUUACUGACAAAAGAAGAGAAAUGGUUAAAAUGGUAGUGGAGGAUCCAGUAUUUAAGAGAGACAACAAGUAUUUUCUGUCUACUGAGGAAUCUUUUGACUCUGCAAUGAGGAAAAAUGUUCAUUACAUUGAAUUAUUGAAGUCCGGAAAGCUAAAGGAAAAUAAUGCUGAAGCCUAUUUUAAAAGUGCAAUAGAUGAUGACUUCCCCGCAGCUGUUCAUGAGUUAAUGUUUGUACCAACAAUUGAAGGUCAAGGCAAUGAAGAACAAAAAGAGAAAUGGUUAAAAAUAUCUCGUAAUUUUGAUAUCAUAGGAUGUUAUGCACAAACUGAACUUGGACAUGGAACCUUUAUUAGAGGUCUUGAAACUACAGCAACUUAUGACCCCUCAACUGAGGAAUUUGUUAUGAAUUCCCCAACACUAACUUCAAUGAAAUGGUGGCCUGGAUCAGUUGGUCACACUGCCACACAUGCUAUUGUUGUUGCAAGAUUAAUAACUAAAGGAAAAGAUGAAGGAAUUCAUUUAUUUAUUGUGCAACUAAGAAGCCUUGAGGACCACAAGCCAUUACCAGGAAUAAAGGUGGGUGACAUUGGACCAAAGUUUGGAUACUUUGGUAUGGACAAUGGUUUCCUCCACAUGACAAAUGUGAGAAUACCAAGAGAUCACAUGCUAAUGAAAUAUGCUCAUGUAUCACGAGAUGGUACAUACUCAAAGCCUCCAGCUGAAGCUGAUAAAAUUUCAUAUGUUAUUAUGGUAUAUGCAAGGGCUCUUAUUGUUGAUCAUUCAGCAGAAACUCUGGCUAGAGCUAUUACCAUAGCAAUAAGAUACAGUGUUGUGAGGAGACAAACACAAAAUAGACCUGGUGAACCCGAGACGCAAGUAUUGGAUUAUCAAACUCAGCAGUUUAAGCUCUUUCCUUUAUUGGCCUCUGCUUAUGCGAUGAAGUUUGCUGGUCAUUACAUGAUGAAACUUUACACUGAAGUGACUAAAGAAAUUUCUGAAGGGAACUUAAAAUCUCUACCCGAGCUUCAUGCUACUAGUGCUGGUUUGAAAGCAUUUUGCAGUGAACUGUGCUGCAAUGGUAUUGAGUUGUGCAGAUUAAGUUGUGGUGGUCAUGGCUACUCAGCUGCCAGUGGUCUACCUCAACUUUAUGCUGAUUAUUCUCCUUCUCCAACAUAUGAAGGAGAGAAUACAGUUAUGCUACUGCAAACAGCAAGGAUCCAACAUGGAGUCAUAUUACUGGAGGCAUAUCAUCAAAGGGCAAUAAGAUUAGUUGCUGUAGCAUUGGGACGAUAUAGCAAAAGCAUUGCUACUGGAUUGGACAGUGUAACUGCUUGGAACAACUCUUCAGUGGACUGGACUAUGGCUGCAAGAGCUCACUGUCAUUAUCUUGUUUUGAAAGCUUUCCAUUCAAGUAUAGAUGCAGCUAAAGUGUGUGAAGCUAAUUUUAAUAUAUUGAGAGUUUUGUGUUGCUUGUUUGGACUUCAUGGUAUAAUACAGUACAGUGGAGAAUUCUGCUUGGAUGGUUAUAUGAAUAGUGAUCAAAUUGAAAUGGCUAAAAAUCAACUUUAUUCUCUACUGAAGGAAGUCAGAUAUGAAGCAGUUCCUUUGGUUGAUGCAUUUGAUAUUCAUGAUGAUAUAUUAAACUCAUCUCUUGGUCGUUAUGAUGGUGAUGUUUAUGGACACUUGUAUGAAUGGGCACUAAGAGCUCCUCGGAAUAAGAAAGAGGUCCAUGAUAAUUAUGAAAAAUACUUAAAACCGCUUUUGAAGAAUACAAAGUCCAAGUUGUGAUAGUUUUCUAAACUAAUUUUAUUUGAAAUAAUUACGUUUUAGUACUAAAAUAAGCUACAAUUGAUGUCCAUGUAGGCUAAUUUAUAAAAUUAUGUGAAAUUGUGCUGCUAAUAUUCAAUAAAUAGUAAUUUUUUUCAUUA